AUGGCAUCCUCAACAACCGCCGCCACCAGAAGAGCUGCCCGUCGGUCCCAUCGAAGGUCUGCUCAAGGUCGACGCCGCACACAAUCUAUUGCUCCCCCAAAGACCUGCGAGCGACUCAACAGAAAGAAACACCUUCGUGAUCCGGACUUUCAAGACCCCGACAACUGUUUCUUUCCCUAUCCAGACCGUGGCUGCCACAAUGACCCCAACGUACAUGUGCUUCAUCAAGCCCUUCAAAACGAUAACCCUUUCGAUGCUCUUGCAUCUGACAGCGCUGAUACUUUCAGCGAUCCCACUGGGCCCUCCUACGAAUUCAACUUCUCCCAGACUGGGUCUGCGACUCCUUCUUCGCGUUACUUGAACCCGCCAAAGCCAUCUAUGUUAGACAAGUUGUCUUGUCAAAAGCCUCCCGUAAGCGAUCAAGAGAAUCCUCUGUUCCGACAAAGUAGAAUACAUCCGUCGCUCUCAGCAUUUUCUGCUCCUUUAGUGACGGAGGCAUCUUCCAGUACCAUGCCAGUUUUCUCUCCCCAGUCCGAAGAUUACUCAAGUCUCACGCAACCAAUGGCUAUGGAAGAAAGUCACGUAGCCAGUCCCUUGUUAUACCACAAGAACCCUUUAGACGUGGUAUUCCCGGAUCUUACAAAGCCACGUCACGACCUGGUCUUUCCCGAAUUUGAAUGGGCCAGCUGCGACCACGACACAACAGACUUGAAGGCGAACAAGGAUCUGAUCAUGCCCCAAGGUGCGGUGUCUUCCGCAUCUCCCUCGCUCUCACGCAGGGCACUCCCAAGUCCUGUCACUCCACAACCUUUCCCAAGCGAGGCUGCAGACAGCGGUACUGCAGGAUCUCAGACAGACAGUGAUUACAGCGAUGGGAAUGUGUCUAUCACUACAUGCCUUGCUCCCAUGGAAGCUGCCACAAACCCACGCCGAUCGUCUUCGAUUUCCACCAUCGUCGUCCGCGCAGAUACUAAGGCUUGGAACUACAACAUCAUAUUGCCAACGUGGCCCCCGGCGGCUGUCUACUACGGAACCACAGGUAUAUCUUAUGUGGGCGACAACAUCAUUAUACCUUGGAACAGUGUCCUCAAAAACACCUCUCUUGGGUCAGAAAAAUCUCACACUGUCUCGCUCCAGAGAUCCACCUCGCUGCCAUUAAUUGAUUACUUCUCAGCUAUAUCCCCACAUGAAGCACCCCUCGACCGGAAUGCACCGCUGUCACAGUCAAAUCAUGCAAAGUCUCCAACAAAGCAUCAUGUCAAUGGUCAGCUCGAAAGUGGGGCUGUUGGCUGUGUGUCCGGUCAUAGCAUGAUCUCAGACGAGCCUGACAAACACGUCCAUGCAUGCGGGGAUCACCAGCCCUACGGGGGCCACGGAAAGCCUCCUUGCCCUGAUCCCUCCAAUGGGUGUGACAAUCAGGAAGACAUGAAUACGCCCGCAGAGAGGCCGCAUAUAGCCAAAGUCCGAUCACAUCAAAGAGAGCUGUCUGAGAGAAACAUCAUCUUGCAUGAUGUACCGGCCUCCAAAUCGGCGGAUCCAAGAUGCGACAAGACAAAGUCAGAGACUGAUUUGUCGUCUUUGCGUCGGCAGUGCGAAGUCAAGGCUAAUGUGGUAGCAAUGGACAAAGACGAAGGUUUUUUGAUAGCGAGUGAUUUAUCAGACGAUGACGAGAUCGUGACGCCAAGCGAGAUUGACGGCGAUGAGGUGAAUUGGGAUCACUGGGACUGGGAGGAUGACAUGGAAGGAUUUGAACUGGCCAGCGUUCAAUAA